AGGGUAAUAAGCGCGGUCCAAAGUCUGCUGCUGAUACAUACCAAAGUACAUUCAUGAACAAUUCUUCCUUCAUUCACGAUGAACACACGUCAAAUAAUGAUCAAAACAUUACGUCCUCUCUUAAUUUCUCCCCUAAUUCAUUUUCUGCUAAUGAUUCUUUAUCACAUCUUUAUAGUCAUACUACUGAGGUUACUCAACCUUCGUUAUAUUUUCAUGACUAUGAUCAGAAUAUUCCUUCCUUUACAACUAACGAUUUAAACGGUUCCUUCUAUCACGAAACUUCACAUCCUCAUAUUGACCCUCUUGAUGAGGCUACUGAAUCAUCCCAAAAUUGCAA